AUGGAACAAAAGUUUCUGACAAUUGAUGACUUCGAACUUGGAAAGCCUUUGGGAACAGGAAGAUUUGGACAGGUCUGGCUUGCUAGACACAAAGAAAAGAAAUACGUGGUAGCACUGAAAAUGAUCAGAAUGUCAGAUAUAAAGAAUGACUCAGAUGUAAAGAACUUAAGAAGAGAGGUGGAGGUUAGUCUUUCCCUAGACCAUCCUAACAUACUAAAGAUGUAUGGAUACUUUUAUGACAGUCUUAGGCUCUACCUUAUCCUAGAAUUUGCUGGAAAGGGGGAUGUUUGGAAGCAGCUCCGCAAAUCCACUCAUUUUUCAGAACCACAAGCAUCUUCAUACAUCAAGCAGGUGUGUUCGGCCCUGCAGUACAUGCACUUAAGGAACAUAAUACACAGAGAUAUAAAACCAGAGAAUAUUCUUAUUGGAUGUGAUGACAAUCUAAAGCUAGCUGAUUUUGGAUGGAGCGUGUGCAACAAUGAUAAGAAGAGGAACACUUUCUGCGGAACAGCAGAGUAUCUUCCACCUGAGAUGUGCAAGGAGGACAUAUACGACUUCAAUGCUGAUAUUUGGUGUUUGGGAAUACUUUGCUAUGAGUUUUGUACCGGUACUACUCCUUUUUCAGGCAAAAAUAAUCUUAGAGCAACCAAGCAAAAAAUACUGACAGGAGAGCUUGAAUUUCCACCAUAUUUAAGCGACGAAUGUAUCGAUUUUAUUUCAAAAUGCUGUCAUAAAGAUCCAAAGCAGAGAAUUUCAUUGGAAAAGGCUUUGAGCCACAGCUUUAUUACAAAGUAUACAAGCCUCACAUAA